CCGAUUGUUACAUUUCGAACUGAUAUGCAUGAAGUUUUGUCCAAUGAUUGCAUCCUUUGCCAAGCAACUGCUGAAACAGCCGACAAGAAUCGUUUCUAUUGCGAUCACCAGAAAUGUGCGUGCUGCGACAUCUGCACCACUGCAUGCAAACAGAUCGGCGAUGAAUGAAUUUCGCUACAUGCAUUGCAGAGCUGAUUCAAUCAUCGCGCUGCCUGCAUGGCAGUCGCAGCAGCUUCGCUCGAUGUGUUCAGGUUCAAAGCAAACACAAGACUCUGAGGAGAAGGAUAAAAGUCAGAAUGACGUGAAGACCGAACAAGACCAGAAGAACAGCAACGGAAAGAAUGAGGAGCAGGGAAGUGAAGGAGCAAAGGACAAAGGGGACCUGACAGCUCAGUUGAAGUCCAAGGAUGAGGAGAUUGCAAAGCUCAAUGGAGAAACGAAGGAGCUGAAGAACAAGGUCCUCACUUACCUCGCCGACGUCGAGAACAUGAGAACGCAAAUGAGGAUUCGGUCUGAAGAAGAUAAGAAGUUUGCGGUGCGAGGGUUCGCUAAAGGAAUGCUGGAGGUUGCGGACUGUCUGGAAAAGGCACUUCAGGCGGUACCGGCAGAGAAACUCAAGGAGAACGAAGACUUGAAGCAGGUUUACGACGGACUGGAGCUGAUAGAAAAAGUUUUCCUCAAGUCUCUUUCGGACUCGCACAUCACCAAGUACAGCCCCAUGGGCGAGAAGUUCGACCCCAACUUGCAUUCAGCUCUCUUCGAGAUGCCAGCAGGAGAAGGGCAAGAGAAGGGUGUGGUCGGGGCUGUGGUCAAGUCAGGCUACAUGAUUCACGACCGCGUUCUCCGCCCUGCUGAGGUGGGCGUGACCAAGUGAGUCCAGCUGGCCGACCUGCUGGCUCAUUUGAGGUCGCAACGAGGGAGAGAGGGAAGGAGGGAGGAAGAAGGAGAAGAUGGGAGCAGAAAAGACUAGUUCCUGUCAUAAGCCAGCUAUCAGACUAUAUGUUAUAGGGACUUGUACUCAGUCAGACAUGCUCUAUUGAAAUCUCCUGUCAGACGA